CUUGUACGCGUUCUCAUCUAAAGCCAUGUCUGCAGCAAAUCUAGGAGACGUGCAGGCGCAGUACGCGACGGAUGAGUACGGUCGUCCGUUCAUCAUCUUGCGCGAGCAAGCAAAGAAAACGCGUACGCAUGGUGUAGAAGCCAUUAAGUCGCAUAUUUUGGCGGCCAAGACUGUCGCCAACAUCAUACGGACAUCGCUGGGCCCGCGAGGCCUCGACAAAAUUCUUAUCUCCCCCGAUGGAGACAUCACCGUCACAAAUGACGGCGCGACGAUCCUCGGCCAGAUGGAGGUCGAGCACCAGAUCGCAAAGCUCCUUGUUCAGCUGUCCAAAUCGCAGGACGACGAGAUCGGUGAUGGAACCACUGGUGUAGUCGUCCUUGCUGGCGCGCUCUUGGAGCAGAGCGAAGCGCUGCUUGACCGCGGCAUCCACCCCAUUCGCAUCGCUGACGGGUUCGAUCGCGCAUGCCAGGUCGCCUGCGAGGAGCUCGACCGGAUAUCCGAUCGCGUCGAAUUCUCGCGAUCCAGCACCGAGAACCUCGUCAAGACGGCUAUGACUUCCUUAGGAAGCAAGAUCGUCUCGAAAGAGCACCGUCAAUUCGCCGAGAUCGCCGUCGACGCCGUGCUUCAAGUCGCUGACCUCGAGCGGCGCGACGUGCUGUUCGACCUCAUCAAGGUCGACGGCAAGGUCGGCGGCUCGCUCGCAGACACCGCGCUCAUCAAGGGCGUCCUCGUCGACAAGGACUUCUCGCACUCGCAGAUGCCGUCCCAGGUCCGCGACGCGCGCCUCGCGAUCCUCACCUGCCCGUUCGAGCCCCCGCGCCCGAAGACGAAGCACAAGCUGGACAUCACGAGCGUCGAGGAGUACCGCCACCUGCGCGAGUACGAGCAGGGCAAGUUCGCGGACAUGAUCAAGCGCGUGAAGGACGCGGGCGCGAACCUGGUCAUCUGCCAGUGGGGCUUCGACGACGAGGCGAACCACUUGCUGAUGCAGAACGACUUGCCCGCUGUGCGAUGGGUGGGUGGCCCGGAGAUUGAGUUGAUUGCGAUUGCGACGCAGGGGCGGAUUGUUCCUCGCUUCGAGGACCUUACUCCGGAGAAGCUCGGUCGGGCGGGAGUUGUGCGUGAGGUGACCUUCGGUACAACGCGCGACAAGAUGCUCGUCAUUGAGGAGUGCGCCAACACGCGGGCGGUCACGAUCUUUGUGCGCGGAGGCAACAAGAUGAUCGUCGACGAGGCGAAGCGCGCUCUUCACGAUGCCAUUUGUGCCGUCCGGAACCUCGUCGUAGACAACCGCGUCGUCUACGGUGGUGGUGCCGCUGACAUCAGCGCCUCCAUCGCCGUGUCGAAGGCUGCAGAUGAGAUUCCCUCCAUCGAGCAGUACGCCGUCCGCGCGUUCUCUGCUGCACUCGAGUCCGUGCCAUUGGCAUUGGCAGAAAACAGCGGCCUCUCGCCCAUCGAGACACUCGCAGAGAUCCGCAGCCGACAAAUCAACGAGGGCAAUUCGAGGCUGGGCAUUGACUGCUCGGGCAAGGGCAACAACGACAUGAAGGAGCAGUUCGUAUAUGACCCGCUUGUGUCGAAGCGGCAGCAGUACUUGCUCGCGACGCAACUCGUCCGGGCGGUGCUGAAGAUCGAUGAUGUGAUUGUUGCUGGCGAGGCUGAAGAAUAGAGAAACAUCUGUAUCCAUUAGUAACUUACUCCGUACUACAUACUGACUGCUGCUUGACUAUUGCAUGGCUGACUGCGGCCACAAAUGCUCUAUGGCCACGCUGCUCUUCCAGUG